GUGGGUUUAUUCACCACGUGAUCUAAUGGACUUUAAGCAGUCGACGUCACUUCCUCUGCUGUCCAGACGGAAUGGAGGAAUAUGUGCGGGAACCAUGUCCCUGGAGGAUUGUCGAUGACUGCGGAGGAGCCUUUACAAUGGGGAUCAUCGGGGGAGGGGUGUUUCAGUCAAUUAAAGGGUUCAGAAAUGCUCCAGUGGGAAUGAAGCACCGUCUGCGGGGCAGUGUGAACGCCGUCAAAAUCCGCGCUCCACAGAUUGGAGGCAGUUUUGCUGUGUGGGGGGGCUUGUUCUCCACUAUUGACUGUGGUUUGGUACGGCUUCGUGGUAAAGAAGACCCCUGGAAUUCCAUCACCAGUGGAGCUCUUACCGGGGCGGUCCUGGCAUCUCGCAGUGGACCUCUGGCCAUGGUGGGCUCAGCGCUGAUGGGGGGGAUUUUAUUAGCUCUCAUAGAAGGGGUUGGAAUCCUCCUGACCCGCUACACAGCACAGCAGUUUCAGAACCCAAGUCCAUUUGGAGAAGAGCCAAGUAACGUACCUCACUGACGCUGGAGAUGAGAAGGUCGACAGCUCAGGCUUUUUACUUCAGUCGUAAUGAAUGUAAAGACCUACAGGUGAAGGCAGAAUACGGGAUUUGUAUAAGCUAAACCUUCUUAUCCUUCUGUAUAGAAAUAAACGUGUUGAUUGUA